GUCGCGGCGGCGACGCGCGGGACCUUCGUCACGUGCGCGGACGACGGGGACGUCAUCGCGUGGGCGACGCCGGAGAGGAACGAGAGCGGCGAAGAAUUGAGAGAAAUUGGGAGGUUGACGAUGGCGAGCGCGAGCGCGCCGCUGUGCGCGGCGGUGACGCGCGCGCCGGGCGUCGAGGAGCGACGCGUGCUCGCCGUCGGGUGCGUCGACGGACGGACGCGGGUGUACGCGUGCGAUUUCACGAACGAGGGCGCGGUGACGUUCGAGGCGUGCGGGGUUUUGGACGGGCACGCGGAUUGGGUGCGCGGCGUCGCCUUCGCGCCGACGAGGCGCGACGACGCCGUCUUCUUAGCGACGGCGAGUCAGGACCGCACCGCGAGGGUGUGGCGCGUGCAAACCGUGCCCGCGGACGGCGCGCGGGCGUCGAAGGACGCCGCGCCGUUCGCGCGUCUCGCCGCGCCGCCGGAGCCACCGAGCGCGGUGCUCGUCGGCCGGCGCGUGAAGACGUCGCUCGAGAGCUUGCUCAUCGGACACGAGGAUUGGGUCACGUCCGUGGCGUGGCACCCGGACGCGUCGAAGAUGGUUUUGAUGACGGCGAGCAUGGAUCGCUCGCUCGUGCUUUGGUCUCCGGCGGGCGCGCCGUGGACGAGCGAAGAGGCUGGCAGCGAGCUUUGGAUGAGCUCGACGUCCUUGGGCGAGGCGGCGGCGGUGUGCUUGGGGUACUACGGCGCGUCGUUUUCGCCCGACGGCGACGCGAUAAUGGCCAACAGUCACGGCGGCGCCCUACACCAGUGGCUGCGCGACGACGAUGGGUCGUGGCGUGCGAUUCCGGGAACGUCUGGACACACGAUGCGCGUGACGUGCUUGCGCUGGGACACCGCCGGUCGAUGGCUCAUGUCCGGCGGCGGAGAUCAAACCGUCCGCGUGCACGCGCCGUGGCACGGCGACGGUCCGAAAGGUUGGCGCCAAAUCGCUCGACCGCAAGUGCACGGCCACGACAUCGUGUGUUUUGCUACGAUGCACGACGACGCGGGGACGACGACGUACGUCAGCGGGGCGGAUGAAAAGGUGUUGCGAGUUUUCGAAGCCCCCGGCACGUUCUUAGGAACCGUGAUCAAUAGUUUAGGAAACACGGACCCCGUCGCCGCGGCCGCGCUGACCAAGGCGAAGAACCUUUCUCUCGAGUCGCUCGGCGCCGAACUUCCCGCGCUCGGGUUGUCGAACAAGGCGCUUCGAGGCGCGGACGCGGAGGACUUGCCGAGCGACGUCGCGGGUCUUCGCGCGCAGGCGGCGCAGCAGGAAGGUUUAAUCGAGGAAUACAACGCGCGCGGCGUCGAAGCCAUCACACCGCAGGCGCUCACGCACCCGCCACUCGAAGAAGUCCUCGCACAGGCGACGCUUUGGCCCGAAACGCGAAAAUUGUACGGACAUGGCAACGAAAUUCGCGCCGUCGCCGCGCAUCCGAGUGGCGAUUUGAUCGCUUCGGCGUCGAACGCGCUCACGGCGGCUUCGGCGGCUAUUUGGGUCUGGUCGCGCGGACAGAACUGGAAGCCACUCGGAACUCUCAGCGGCGCGACACUCACGGUGACCGCGUUAGAGUUUACGCCGAGAAACGCCGCGCGAGAUUACCUUCUCGCUGCGAGCCGCGACAGGCACGUCUGCCUGUUUGCGCCGUCGUCGCGCGACGCGCCUCGAGGAGAAUUCGGUGACGACGGGUGGCGCUUGCUGACGCGCUUCAAGGCGCACGAUCGCGAGAUAUACGCCGCGUCUUGGGCGCCGUGCGGCGCUUUAUUCGCCACAGCGGGGCGGGACAAAAAGGUGAAGAUUUGGCGCGUCGUCGACGACGCGUGCGAGCCCGCGUGCGAGCUUCCCAAAUUCACCGCCGCGCCGACGGCGAUGGCGUUCGCGUCCGACCCCGACGCUCCACUCGCGAUCGCAAUCGGCUUCGACGACGGUGGGAUCGAAGUCCACGUCGCAUCCGCCGACGCCGCGUCUUGGACGUUGUCGUCUCGCGCGUCCGCGAACGAUCGUCACGGCGCCGCCGUGCGCGCCGUCGCGUGGCGUCCCGGCUCCUCCGCCGUCUUCGCCUCCGCCGGCGACGACCACGCCGUGCACGUGUACGAACACGAGUAACCCUAGCAUUUUAGUCCAUCGGAAACGUCGUAGCCA